CGUCCACACUCCGAAUCUUUAUCGUUCCGUCGUACCGGAGUCCUCGCCUCCAAGCUCAUCUCUCUGAUCUCUCUCUCUCUCUCUCUCUCUCUCUGCGUUUCGCCGUCGCGUGUCCGGCCGCCGUUCCUCGCCGGACUCCUCGUCGAUCCGCCGAAGGAGAGUUUCCGUUCCGUUUAGUGUGAUUUGACGGAGAUGGAUUCGUCGGCGCUUCUGUUCAACCAGCUCAAGGCUGCCGAACCAUUCUUUCUGUUAGCUGGACCAAAUGUGAUUGAAUCGGAGGAGCAUGUUUUGUACAUGGCGAAGCACAUAAAGAGCAUAACUGCAAAAUUUGGCUUACCGCUUGUAUUCAAGUCAAGCUUUGACAAAGCCAACCGAACGUCAUCGAAAUCAUUUCGGGGUCCGGGAAUGGUUGAAGGCCUCAAGAUCCUUGAGAAAGUUAAGGCAACUUAUGACAUUCCUAUAGUGACUGAUGUGCAUGAAUCAAUUCAGUGUGAAGCAGUAGGAAGAGUUGCAGAUAUUAUUCAAAUUCCAGCAUUUUUAUGCCGUCAGACAGAUCUCCUAGUUGCAGCCGCUAAGACCGGGAAGAUUAUUAACAUUAAGAAAGGCCAAUUUUGUGCUUCCUCUGUCAUGGCGAACUCUGCCGAAAAGAUUAGACUGGCUGGGAAUCCGCAUGUAAUGGUUUGUGAAAGAGGAACUAUGUUUGGUUAUAAUGAUUUAAUUGUGGAUCCACGCAAUCUCGAGUGGAUGAGAGAAGCUAACUGUCCUGUUGUAGCCGAUGUCACACAUUCACUCCAACAACCUGCUGGGAGAAAGUUGGAAGGUGGAGGUGUCGCCAGUGGAGGUCUUCGGGAACUCAUACCAUGCAUUGCAAGAACAGCAGUUGCUGUUGGAGUGGAUGGGCUUUUUAUGGAGGUGCACAAUGAUCCUUUAAGUGCGCCAGUAGAUGGUCCAACUCAAUGGCCCUUACGACAUCUUGAGGAGCUUCUGGAAGAGCUUGUGGCAAUAGCUAGGGCAAGCAAAGGGAAGCGACAACUUAAUAUUGAUCUUACACCAUAUCACCUCUAGGAGGACCUCGAGGCUUCUCAAAGGAAAUAGAACAGUGGCUCCACGUAGAUUUCUCUUAGUGGCUUAGGCGCCUCAAAGCGAUCAAGUUAAGGUGAUCGGGUGGAAUGUCUGUUAUGGUAGCUGCUAUUCUUUCCGACUGUCUUCUGGCAUUAUCUCUGCCUGGUUAAUCACCAGUGCUUUGUAUCUCAGUGUUGUUCGUAAAUGUUUUAUUGAUUGUCAUCGUUUUAUUAUUGAUGAGAGAAACCAAAGUAGUUUUGUUGCUGUCGCAUGGUCUUUCCAAGCGAACGUCGUCCACAAUGCAAAAUGGACCAAUGAAUUUGAAAGGAAAUCUCCUGGAGUGACACACUGA